AGACAGGCUCUGUCACCGUCCUCUCCGCUGACAGCGCCGUUCUUCGGCGAGCCCCGAGGGCGUCCCUGCUCCGGUCGCGGCGGAGAAUGGUGCGGCGGGUGCUGCCCCCGCUGCCGUGACGGGACCGCGCCGCUGCCUCCCGCCUUCUUGCCGCGAGUGCCGGGCAUGUCGCUGCCUGCCCGCGCCGCUGCCCGCCGCGGUGACCUGGUCCGUCCGGGCCCCGGGAUGGGCCGUGGGAGCUGAACCAUCGGAGAGGCUGCGGGGUGCAGCUAGGAGGAUGAGCCACGUGGGAAGCCCGGUGAGAGCCUACGAUUUCCUGCUGAAAUUCCUGCUGGUGGGGGACAGCGACGUGGGCAAGGGGGAGAUCCUAGCCAGCCUGCAGGACGGAGCCACCGAGUCGCCCUAUGGCUAUAACCUGGGUAUAGAUUAUAAGACUACAACAAUUCUCCUGGAUGGCCGGAGGAUCAAGCUGCAGCUCUGGGAUACAUCAGGACAAGGGAGAUUCUGCACCAUAUUUCGGUCUUACUCGAGAGGUGCUCAGGGAGUCAUCCUGGUGUAUGAUAUUACAAAUCGUUGGUCAUUUGAUGGGAUCGACCGGUGGAUAAAAGAGAUCGAUGAGCAUGCUCCAGGUGUACCAAAAAUCCUGGUUGGAAAUCGCCUUCACUUAGCUUUCAAGCGCCAAGUGUCCACUGAACAAGCACAAGCCUAUGCUGAGAGGCUGGGCAUGACUUUUUUUGAAGUCAGUCCGCUUUGUAAUUUCAAUAUUACAGAGUCCUUUACUGAGCUAGCAAGGAUAGUGCUGAUGAGACAUGGAAUGGACAGGCUCUGGAGACCGAACAAGGUGCUGAGUCUGCAAGACCUGUGUUGCCGUGCCAUAGUUUCCUGUACCCCUGUGCAUCUCGUUGACAAGCUCCCUCUCCCUGUUGCCUUAAGAAGCCAUCUCAAGUCUUUCUCCAUGGCAAAUGGCCUUAACGCCAGGAUGAUGCAUGGACGCUCGUACUCCCUUACAUCCAGCAACAUCAACAAAAGGAACAGUUUAAAGAAAGCUAAAAUUAUCCGUCCCUCCCAGAGCCCACCAAAAAACUGUGCAAGGAACAGCUGUAAAAUUUCUUGAGCUCUCUGUGGGAAAAGGCACCUGGAUGGAAUCCCCUCAUGUGAAGCACUGAAGGACUCCUCCUUCAGUGGUUGACCACACUCUGUGUAUGUAUCACACUGCAUAGACAAAAAUAAGGAAACCAAAUCUUCUUUUAGAGCUUGCUCACUAAGGGAAUGCUGCUUUGGAUUGAACAACACCUCCAGUGCAACUAGAAUGGUGUGACACUUGGCUGUUGGAUUUUCAUCCUGCAUUUUGGUUUCUGAUGUGCAUGAUGCCAUUGUUUUUACUAGUAGAUGUGUUUUCAUGUAGGGGAUAAUUGUCAUGAUAGUCACUUCUGAAUUCCAUGCAAUCUGGAGAGUGAUCUGCUAUGUAAUGGUAUCAAAUCCUGUCCUUUGGCCAACUAUUCAGAAGCCCAGAAAGGAGUCCUCAGUCUGCACCUUCAGGCAGAGGUUUUAAACAUGAUGUGUUGUUUACAUCAUUCAGUUCUGCAGGCAGUGGGACAAAUGCUGUCAUACUGCAGCUGUGCUCUGGGGUGGGUGUAAAGCUUCCUUGAUAACUUUGAAGCACUAACUUAACUAAGCUAAAACUGUAUAUAUAAUUAUUAUGCACAUACACACCAAGGUUUUGUCCCAUCCGUGUAUGUAACAGAUUUGAUAAAAGUUUUUGGUAUGUUAUUUAAUACUUUGGGCAAUUAAUUUGUGGUUUAAAUACUUAUUUUUCUGUAAGAAAAAAAAAAAAGGAAAAUAAAAAACUACAUUUUAUACCACUCUACAAGAAAGUUCUAAGAGGAAAAUGCCAAAGACACUGUGGUGAAAGGAACAUGACUUGAAGAGCUGCUUUAUAAGGAAAGAACACUAUUUAAAAAAAUAAAUAAAUGUUUCUGGAAAAGAAAUCCUCU